AUGGCAGGCACUAAUGAUAGCACAGCUGAGGUUUUCUUUAUACAUCAACAAAUAUUUCAGGUUGCACUGACUGAGGGACCGAUUUCAAAACUUAUUGUUGCAACAAUAAUGUCGCUGUUCUUUACUUAUUUGAAUGCUAUCAUGGUCUACACUCUUUGGAGUCAGCCUGUUUUAAAAGAGACUCCACGCUACAUUCUCUUUACCAACAUGCUGCUCAAUGACUCAAUUCAGCUCUUUGUUACCUCCAUGUUGUACAUCUUCAGUUUGUUAGUCUUCAAAUUAGUCACAGUUGCUUGCGCUUUUCUGAUUUUUCUUUCAACUGCAACAUUCACAAAUGCACCUUUAAACCUGGCUGUGAUGUCACUAGAGCGUUAUGUGGCCAUAUGUUUUCCUCUAAGACAUGCUGAAAUAGCCACUCAGAAAAGAACUCAUAUUGCUGUUGCACUCAUUUGGUUUACUGGUUCCAUAAACUUCAUAAUUGACUUGCUUUAUGGACUGGCGAUGGAUUCUAACUUUUUAACCUCACAAAUAUUUUGCACAAGAGAAAGGCUUUUCAAGAAACCAUGGCAACUAGAUGCUUAUCAGGGCUUUAACAUAUUCUACUUUGUGUCAAUGACUAUGAUCAUCCUUUUCACUUAUAUCAGCAUUUGGCUCACAGCCAGGUCCAUUUCCUCCAAUAAAUAUUCUGCUGCAAAAGCCCACAAGACUGUGCUGCUGCACCUCUUUCAGCUGGGACUGUGCCUUACUUCUUUUCUUUACAGCAUCAUGGAACGAGCUGCAGCAAUGGCAGGCAGCAGCAGCCUCUUCGUGGACUUGCGUUAUCUAAACUAUAUAUUUGUGCUGAUUUUGCCACGUUGCUUAAGCCCACUCAUCUAUGGACUGAGAGAUGAUGCUGUACGGCCUUUAUUCAUGUGCUAUUUCCGCUGUGCCACAGGCAAACGCAAGUCUACUGUCAAUGUACGCUGA